AUGGCUGAUGCAGUUUUGUCUAACCCAAACCAAAGAUUGGUAAACAACAGAUUCGACGAUGUGGAGUGUCACAACCAAUCCAGUGACAUUGAAAUCCCAUCCUCUUCCUUCAAGACUAUAUUGAGAAAGAGAAAAAUAAUCUUAGUUUCAACUCUUUCCCUCAUCUUAUUGGCUGUCACGGCAACUGUCCUCUCUGCAGUUUUCAUUGUUAAGGCGAACCAAGCCAAGGCAUUCAAAAAGGACCUUGAGGCUCUUUUGGACAAGGACUUCAACUUCCUCGAGGCCGAGGUUAGGGAAAAAUACGUUGACGACAUGGUCACACUCUUCAAGAAGGGCUACAUUUCCUCUGACUGCGCCUUGGAGUUCGAGACCUACCUCGAGUUCGGCAAGUACAACGAGAAGUACAGUGUGAAGCACGCAGACGAAAAGGAGCGCAGGGAAAGGUUCACCUUCUUCCGCCAAGACUACCACGACGUCAAGAGCUUGACCGGAAAGGAACUCUACACCAAGCAGAUCAACAGAUUCAGCGACAUGACUGACAAGGAGCUCCGCGUCCUCUUCCCAAGAAUCAGCCUGCCAAAGUUGAGCAAGGCCGAGGUCAACCCAGUUUCCAAGAUCAAUGUUGAACUUAACUCCAGCUACCUCGACAACUUGAAGUUGGCCAAGGGUGUCCAAGAGAUUUUGGACAUUGACAAGGUCACUGGUGAUGACUUGGAUUGGAGAAAGGCCAAAGCAGUCUCCUUCGUCAAAGACCAAGGUGUGCACUGCUCCUCCGGAUGGGCACUUGCCUCAGUCGCUGCCGUUGAAAGUUUGUUCAAGAUUCACAAGGGCAUGACCUUGACCCUCUCUGCACAAGAAGUUUUGAACUGCGACUUCAAGUCCAAGGGAUGCUCUGGUGGCAAGGUAGAAAACGCUCUCGAAUACAUGACCACUGGUAUUGACAUCAACUUCAACGUCCCUUACACCGGCGCCAACAUGAGAUGCAAAUCAUCCACUCGCUCCAACAAUAAGUAUGAGAUUGGAUCCCACGUCUUCAUGAGCGGCAAGGACAUCUUGAACAAGUCUCUCGUCAUCUCUCCAACUGUUGUUUACUUGUCCGUCCACAGAGACCUGUUCAGCUACAAGUCAGGAUUGUACGAUGGACCAUGUGGAAAGGCACCAAACCACGCAGUCCUGCUUGUCGGUGAAGGCUUCGACCCAGCGACCAAAAAGAGAUACUGGGUCAUCAAGAACUCUUGGGGUGAGAACUGGGGAGAGAAUGGCUUUGCCAGACUCGUAAGGACCGAUGACAAGUUUGACAAAUGCGAUAUAUUAACUGCUGGAUACAACCCAUCAUUCGUAAAACCAGUUAUUGAGGAGAAACCUGUUGUGAAGGCCAAGGCUGAGAAGAAGACUGGCAAAUCCGCCAAGACCACCAAGAAGGCCUUCUAA